AUGAACAGUCAUCACAGUGUAUGUCAACUUCACGUAAAAAAGACCUGCGACUUCACGGUGGUUUACGUUUCGGUGGCUCUCAUAAACUUCGUCUCCAAAGAUGUGAAUCUCUACCAAUCCCGUCUUCAGCGUGAAUCUGCCGCCUUUGAGGAGUCUCGUCGUCUUGCCAACUCGUUUCGCGCGCAGCCGAUGCCCCUCCCCAGUGCUCCUGUCCUUCCAGAACCGCGUCCCUCAACCCUCACUUCCCCUCACUCCCCACUCUUGAAGACGCGUCACCGGGCAGCACGACGAGCCAGUUUUGACGCUCAUGUUGAAGCUCGAAGAGCCUCUGCUCAGCGUCAACUUGAGGCGAUUGAGAAAGAGAAAGCGAAGGAAGAAGCCAAGCGGCUAGUGGAGGAGAGGAAAGCGCGAGUAGUGCGAGCGGCACCGGUGCGGAAGUACCGAUUGGUGACACCAUCAGCAGUUCCGAGGCCGUUAGUGUGUAUAUAUGCUAGGGCAAAAGACGUGAUGGUUGGGAUUCAAAAAGCACGCAAACUGCUGCCGAUUAUCAAGUAUUUUCGCUCUCCUCUUGCACUUAAUGAUCUCACCAUCAACCGUUCCCUAUUGGAACAGAUAAAUUUAAAGCCUGUUAAAAGCAUUGAGUUCUCGUUUAGCCCGUUUUUCUCGCAUACAUAUUCGAUCCGUUUAAGACAAGUCUGCGCCCUCCUAUAUAGGCCUCGGUGGCGCAGUUCUAAUGACAAUUGCACUUUGAAAGUCAAUGUACUAAGUGACAAAUCACAGCCUCAAAUCCAGGUCACUUUCAGCAACGGCUCUGUUUUGGUAAUUAAAACAGCGAAUCUUACGGAUCGUGAGGUUUUGGAGUUCAUAAUGAUUGAGUGCUCACGAAACCUACAAACCUAA